AUGCAAGCAACUGCGAUAGCAUUUGGUCGUUCAGCUUGGAAAGGACCUUAUUUUGUAAAAUUUCCGGGUUUGAAGGAGGCAAUGAAAAAUAACCUUCCUGUAAAGACUCAAGCUAGAUCAUGCACAAUAUUACCAACAUUUGUAGGAUUAAAAUUUUUAGUACAUAAUGCAAAUAAUGGUUGUUGGUAUCAAUAUUAUUUACCAAAAUUUCUAAAUCCUUCUAAUAAUGAUAAUUCUGAACGAUUGUUAUUCACCAAUGACAAUGAAUAUUUAUCAGUUUCAUUGGCAAAAUUUGAAAAAAAGUCAGAUUGUUUUAAGAAAGCAAUUGGAAAUUUGAAACAUGGUUGUAGAGAGAUAAAUUUAUCAGAAACAAUCAAAAUCCAAUUUGCUAUACAUUUAACAAAAUGUGAAAUCGCAACAGCUAAUCUUCUAGUGCCAAUGGAAUGUCAAGAUUUUGAUCGCGAAAUAGGAAAUAAUGAAGUAGGAAAAUGCGUAGAAUCUUUAUCAAGGACUCCACAAUUAUGGACUUCGUAUUCUGGAUAUUUUCGUGAAGUUUUUCAUAUAUGUUUUGCCGUACGAUACUCGGUAGAAAAAGAUUUGCUUGAAGAAUUACACAGAAACAUAACAAAAAACCAACUUUUCAAUUAUAAAAUUUUAAGAAAUCAACAAUCUGAAAUGAUUGAAUUACGUAAAGAAGAAUUGAAAAGAUUAAAAAUGCUUGAGAAAUUUCAAUCCGAUAUUUUAAAAAAUGUGAAUGAAAUUGAGCAACUAUCAAUCGAUACCGAAUCAUUCAAAGGUAAUCUUAAUAAUUCCAGAAUUAUUAUUCAAGAUAUUUUGAAAUAUUUAUUUGAAUUCAUCGAGGAAUUCAAAACUUUUCAAACAAAUGUUAAAGAAACAUUUAAAGAGUUUGACGCAAUUAAUAAUCAACAAUUAGAAAUUAUUAACAACGUUAUGGAACAAGAAGAAAAUCUUGAAAAAAUAAAUGUUGCAAAAUUUCAAGAAAUCUCAACGCAAGAAAAUCAAGAAUUUAUGAAACAAUUACAUCAGACAUUAAAUGAAUCCAAAUUAAAUUUACUAACCUUUUUAAAUUCUACACAAAACGAAAUCAAAUUAUUCAAUGAAAUCUUGAUUGAUUCUAAAGAACAUCAGAAAGAUCUAAUAAAUAUUUUUAAGCCAUUAGUUUUAAUAUCAAAUAUUAUGAAUUGGUUUAUAGGUGCAUUUAAUAGUAUUAUGUUAUACGUAAUGGUUAAAUAUAAAUUGAAAAUUGAAGCAUUAAUUGCGGUAAGGAAAAAACAUGAAUUUUACGAUUUAAGUGGCAGUGGCGGUAGCAAUAAUAAUAAACAUAUUUACUACAAUAACAAUCGACAAGCAGAUGAUAAUGCUAUUGAAAACGACGAUGACUUUGAAGAUAAUGAUAAAACCUUAAUCGUUAAGAAAAUAAGAUUUAAAAAUAGUGACAUUGAUGAUAUUUAUGCUGCUAGAAUCCUCAAAACAAAAGGUGGCGAAGUCCCAGGUGAAGAAUUAGGAAAAUUUAUGAAAGAAAUUGAAAUCUUGAAAAUGUUAGAUGGAGAACAAUUAAUGAGAUUAGCAAACGAAGAUAUAGAUGAUGAGAGCUUAGUUAUUUUGCAAGAUAUAAAUAAUAUAAAUUCUGGACUUGAUGUUGCAGCAGUUACAGCUUCUUGUAAAGUUAAAUCAAAAUACAUUAUCAUCACCUUUAAUUAUAAUAACAAUAUUUGUACUAUUGCUAUUGGCAUAAGAAUUGAUGUUAAGGUUCAAGAGGAAUCAACGAUGACACCAGAACAAUUGAAAACCAGACAUGUUGGUAAACAAGAUCCAAAGCGUCAUUUAGAAGAAAGUGUGGAAGAAGUCAUGUCUAAUAAUAUUGUUAUGUCAUUAGGAACUAUGAUGGAUUCAGUUUGCUUCUAA